GAUAGAAACUAAAGGGAAUCAUUAUCAUCAUCCUCAUCCUCCUCAAUCAUUCCAUCCCAGGUCAUGUGAGAAAAGUCUGUCAGUGACAGACUGUUUUUGCUUUCCCUUUGCUAAAUUUUUCCUCCAAGUGGUGUGGUUCUUCCAUUUAGUCUGCUAGUGACUUAAUUAAGCUUUUGUGAGUUGUUGCCAACCUCAUCAUUUCUUUCCUUAAUUUCUUCAUUUCUUUUUUCCAUUUCCAUUUCUUAACUACUAGGAACUGCCACUUUGUUCCUCAAUCCACAAUAAUCAUUAUGGCCACCCAAACUGUUGAUUCCCAUCAAACUUAUACAUCCGAUGAGCAAAAAGAGAAGUUAAGUAGUGAACCAGUAAAAGUAGCGGAACAGAUAAAUCUCUCUUCACCACAAAAAACUAUAGAAGAUGACAGAGAGAAAGGCAGAGCUGACAACUUACGUAUUCCAGAUAGUACUUUGUCCACGUCCAAGGAAAUGGCAGUGGAUAUUCAGGUUGAGCAUCUUGUUGUUGAGACAAAAAAAAUAGAUGAAACUCCUAUUGUUAAUCUUCCAGUUCAUGACAAUGUGCAGCUUGAAAAAGAAGCUACUUCUAUAUCAGAGGAAGCCACUGCUGCUGCCGCCAAUGAGACCCUACACGAGGAGAGGCGAUCGGCUGAACCGGUUGAAGGAGAAGCAACAGAAUUGCCAGUAAUCGCGUACCUGGAAAAGAGUAUAAAGGAGUUUGAUGCAACUGACAAUGGCAAGAGCCCACCAGAAGAGCAGCCAACUGUAGAAGUCAUAGAAAGAGAGACUUUGGAGGUACCAGCAGAGGCAGCCGCACAAAAAGUAGAAGAACAACCAUCAGAGGUUGUGGACCUUCCAAAAUUACAAAACGAAUCAUCACGCGAUAUUGUUUACAGUGAAGAAAAAGAGGAACCAGGUGCCCAUGUACAUUUUGUAACAGAAGUUGCAGACAAAGUGGAAAUGGUUUCUGAGAAAGUAGAAGAGAAGAACCCAACGAUUAUUGAUAAUACAAUAUUAUCAGUAGAGGCACACUCUAGUAAGGGCCCAACAGAUGCAGAGGAGGAACCAGUGACAGAAUGCGUCAGUGUAGAGAAAGGGUCAGACAAGGAACCAGAGACUGAUGUUCCAAAAGAACCUGUUGAACCACCAAAGAAAGAAGCUCAGGCAAUUGAGGCUGUUCCAUUGGAAGAACUGAUAGAGGGGGUUGCAAAAGAAAAUUUUGGAAGAGUUGAACCUCCAACAGAAAAAGAGCAGCCAGUUGAACUUCAUCCAUUCAAAGGGUUGGAAGAAGCGAUAGCAAAAGAAAUUAGCAUACCCACAAAAGUUCCCAAAGAAAAGCAACAGGGAUCUGAAAUUGAAGCAGGGCAAGAAUCAAGUGAAGUGAUAGAAACAAAGAUUAGUGAAUCUAUUGAAGUUUCCCAUGAAUGUGAAAUUCCAGUGGAAGUUCAUCUAGCAAAAGAACAAGUAGUGAUAGAAAAAGAGACAAACGAAUCCUUCAAACCUCCCAAGAAUAAGGAGCAGUCGGACGAAGCAACUGCCCAGAAAGAAUCAGUAGAAGUCACAACAAAAGAGGUUAGUGCAUCCUUUGAACCUCCCAAGAACGAUGAACAAGCAGAUGGAAGUCUUUCAGCGACAAAAUCUGGAGAAGUGAAGGAAAAUGAGACUAAUGAUUCCACAUUGGGUUUUGAAGUCGAGAGACAAGAAAAGGUAGUCAUUGAAGUAAAGGAUGGUAUAAGAGAGUUACCUGAAAUAACCAAACAUGUCCAGGACACUUAUGUUGAGGCUGAAACUGUGACAGAUGAAAAGCCACUGGCACCUAGAGACGACACUGGCCUACCAAUUAAGGAAAAAAUCCAGAAAGAAGAAGGUAGUGAUAAAGAAAGUUCAGAAUGUCAGAUGGCCGAAUCUGGUCCUACAAAAGAUUCUGUUAAUGGGUCAGAAAAAGAGCACCCAACUACAGAGUUUGCAAGUAUAAAGAAAGAGACAAGGCUGACACCAGAGACAACUUGCGUUCUAGAAGAAUUUGUUGGACCUCCAAAGAAAGAACAGCCAAUUGAGGUUGUUCCUGUGAAAGAACCAGUGCAGGUGUUUGCAAAAGAAGAUAUUGAAAAAGUUGAGCCACCAAUAGAAAAGAAGCAGCCAGUAGUGGUAGCAAAAGAGAUAAGUGAAGAUAUUAAAACAGGUGAGCCACCAAUAGAAAAGAUGCAGCCAGUAGUGGUAGCAAACGAGAUAAGUGAGGUGGUCACAAAAGAAGUUACUAAAAAGGUUGAAACUUCAACAGAAAAGCAGCAGUCGGAAGGGGAAGUGACAGCAAAAGAGACAAGUGAGGUGGUUGCGAAGGAAGUUAUGGAAAUGUCUGAACCUCCAACAGAAAAGGUGCAACCAGUAGUGACAGGGAAAGAGACAAGUGCAUCCAUUGAGCCCUUCAAGAACAAGGAGCAGCCGGAUGAAGUUAUUUCUCAGAAAGAAUCAGUGGAAGUUAUUGCACAAGAGAAGGCAAAUGAAGCUUUUCUGGUGUCAGAAUCUGGUGAAAAACCAGACGAGGACCAUCCAACAAAAGAAUUUGUCAGCGUAAACAAAGAAAUGAGGGAGAAACCAGACAUAACUCCUGUUCCAGACUUAUCUGUUGAACCUCCCAAGAAAGAAGUGCAUCCAAUUGAGGUUCUUACAGUGGAAGAACAAGUAGAAGUUAUCACAAAAGAAAUUAUUGUGACAACUGAACCUCCAACAGAAAAGGAACAGCCCAUUGAAGUUCACCCACAAAAAGAAUCCGAAGAAGCAACAAAAAUAAAAAUUACUGAACCCACAGAACUUCCUAAGGAAAAGGAAGACAAUGAAGUUCUUCCAGUUCAAGAAUCAAGGGAUGUGACAACAGAUAAGAUUAGUGAAAUUGCUGAAAUUCCAAAGGAAAAUGAGUUGUUAACCGAAGCUCAUUUAAUGAAAGAAUUGGAAGUCAUAUCGGAAGGCACUAGUGACUCCACUGAACCUCCCAAGAACAAGAACCAACAAGAUGAAGCUCUUUCCCACAAAGAACCAUUAGAAGUUAUAGAAAAAGAGACUAGUGCCUCUUUUGAACCUCCCAAGAACAAGGAGCAAGCAGAACGCGAUCUUUCCGAGACAGAAUCAUUAGAAGUUAUAGCAAAAGAGAUUAGUGCGUUCUCUGAACCUCCUAAAAACAAGGAGCAGGAAGAUGAAGGUUUUCCACCGACAGAAUUGAGAGAAUUGAGAGAAAUGAAGGGAAAAGAGACCAGUGAUUCCACAUUGAGUUCUGAAGAAGUUGUGAAACACGAACCUCAAAUCAUUGAAGAAAAGUAUAGUGUGGGAGAAUUACCUGAACUAAUCAAACAUGUUCAAAAUACUUAUGUGGAAGCUGAAACCGUGAAAGAUGAGAAGGAAUUGGUUCUUGAAGACGACAUUGACCCACCCACUAAAGGAGGAAAUGUCCAAGAAGAAGACGCACAAUGUGUAGUAGAAAGUGAUGAACAGAUUUCAGUGGGUCAGGUGGCUAAAUCAGGCCUUAUGGAUGACUCUGGUAAGGGAUUAGAAAAGGAACAACCAGACACAACUUGUGUUCCAGAACUGUCUAUUGAAUCUCCCAAGAAAGAAGAUUCAAUUGAGGUUAUUCCAUCGAAACAUGUAGAAGUGAUCGAGCAGAAAAAAGUUGAAGCAGUUGAACUGCCAACAGAAAGGGAGCAGCACAGCGGAGUUCAUCUACUAAAAGGAUCAGAAGUGGAAAAAGAAAUUACCGAAACCAAAGAACUUCCUAAGGAAAAGGAACAAGCAGUUGAAGUACAGUCAGUGCAUUUGCAAGAAUCAAAGGAAGUGAUAGCAGAAAAUAUAAAUGAAUCUGCAGAAAUUCCCAAGGACGGUGAAUUGCUCAAUGAAGUUCAACCAGUGAAAGAAUUAGAAGUCAUGGUACGAGACAAUAGUGAAUCCAUUAAACCUCCCAGGAACAAGGAGCAGCCAAAUGACGCUCCAUGCGAGAAAGAAUCAGAAGUUAUAGCAGAAGAUAUUGGUGAGUCCUUCAUACCUUCCAAGGACAUGGAACAGGCAGAUGAAGGUUUUCCUGUGAUUGGAUCCGAGGAAAUGGGAGCAAAAGAGGUCAGUGAUUCCACAUUGGGUUCAGAAGAAAUUGAAAAACAAGAACCUAAAGUUACCCAAGUGAGGUAUAGUAAGGGAGAAUUGCCUGAGAUAACCAAUCUUAUUCAGAACGAUUAUGUUGAGGUAGAAACUGAGCCAAUUAUGAAAGGUGAAAAUGUGGAAGAUCAAAAGUCAUUGGCUAUUGGGGAUGACAGUGCGCCACCUUUGGGAGUAGGACAAAUCCACCAAGAAGAGGAGCAAUGCACAAUAAAAAGUGACCAACAAGAUUCAAUUGAUCAGAGGGGUCAACCUAGUGUAGAACUAGCUGCACCUAGCUUUCCUCCUCAUGAUGCGAAAGAAGAUGAAAAGAAGGAAGCGAGCAAUAUUGAUGUGGUUGCACAAUUAUCAGUGGUGGAAGCACCCGCCAUGGAAAAAGUGGGAGAGGAAAAUGAAGAAAAAGGAGUGAGGACUGAGAAAGCAGAUGAAGAUAAACAUGAGAACAUACAAAACAUAACUCUGCCAAGAGAAGAGAUGGCUCCAAGAGAUUAUGAAACUGAUGCUGCAGUAGCAGGAAAGUCGAUUGAUGACCAAAAAGCUGGGGAAGUAGUAGAUCUGAUAGCAGAAACCAAGGUAGAGAGUAUUACAGAUGAGAAACUAGCACCAGUUGAGACUGCCGAUGCUCAAGUAAAUGAAACAGCUAAAGAACCCCAGGAAUUUGAGUUGGAAGUAAAAAAUGAAGAAACUGUGAGGGCAAGAGGAGAAGUUCCGAAAGUGAAUGACAAGAAAGAAGUUCCAUCAAAGCCUAGUCAUAAGCAUUCACACAAUAUUUUAUCGAAAGUGAAACAGUCACUGGUGAAGGCAAAGAAAGCCAUCAUUGGCAAGUCACCAAGCUCAAAAACCCUUUCCUCUGAAGCAAGGGAUGACAUUAAAGUUAAGUGAUGGUAUGCAAUUCAUAAGCGCUGAAUAUUUCACAGUUCACACAAAUUUCGUAUAAACCCUUAUUGUUUGGACAUGCAGCAGAGUUGUUGCGUCAGUAUUAUUUGAUUUUUCUCGGUUUGUUUAUUAUUCAGAAAUAAGUGUGUAUAGGAGAAGGUUUCAUUAAAUGUUAUACUUGAUACUGUACGAAUAGAUUGGUUCUUCUUUGUACUUAUCAUUGGUUGGUGUUUUGUUUGUUUUAGUAAUUAUCAGAAGAUGUGGUUGUGGGAAUUUUUUGGAUAGAUGUCAUAGUUGCAAUGUAAAAUUUGAUAUUGUACGUUAUACAUUGGUUCUUCUUUGUAUUUACUAUUGGUUGGUGUUU